AUGAAAAGGAGUAAUGAAGCUUGUCACUCGGAUCAAGAUGCAAAGGCUACUCUUCAAUACAAUUCGUUAGUGGAAGAUUAUUCAGAUAUGCAAAAGGAGGGUGUUUCUAAGAAAAUGAAAUUGGGAGCAGAAAACCAGACGCUAGAUAUCCUUCUAGAAGAAGCUCGGGAUGAGGCAAAACCUGGAUCUAGCAGAAAAGAUAUUCACGGUGUGCCCAUUGAAAGGGAGAUGAAUUACGUUGAUACGGAGAUUAUUGAAAAGUCUGGGAACUUGUCAAUGGACGGAAAGAAAAAUAUAAAGAAGAAAGUGUCAUGGAAAGAAGAGGUGGAGGUGUUUUAUAACUGA